CCCCUACCCUGUUCUCCCUUCACCAACCAGGCACCCCCAGUUCCCGCAAGGCCCUCCUGCCAUGUCGGACCCAGACGGCCCCAGGGGCCCUGAUGUACCCGCCAUGUGGCCCCCCUGUUCCAGGGGCGCCUGAGCCCCUUCGAAGAUCCACCACUGCCCCCCUGCCCACCUUGGCCUAGUCCUGAGCCCCAAGGACCAUGAGUGGGGGCAAGAAGAAGAGUAGUUUCCAAAUCACCAGCGUCACCACGGACUACGACGGCCCAGGGAGCCCAGGGGAUCCAGAUCCCCCUACCCCGCCGGCCCCCACCGGGCCCUCGCCCCGCCUGCCCAACGGGGAGCCCAACCCUGAGCCGGGGGGCAAGGGCACCCCCCGGAAUGGCUCCCCGCCGCCUGGGGCCCCAGCCUCCCGUUUCCGGGUGGUGAAGCUGCCCCACGGCCUGGGAGAGCCUUAUCGCCGAGGCCGUUGGACGUGUGUGGAUGUUUACGAGAGAGACCUGGAGCCCCCUAGUUUUGGCAGGCUCCUGGAGGGAAUUCGAGGGGCCUCGGGGGGUACCGGGGGCAGAUCUUUGGAUUCCAGGUUGGAGCUGGCCAGCUUGGGCCUGGGCGCCCCUACCCCACAGCCAAGCCUGUCUCAGGGCCCCACCUCCUGGCUCCGUCCGCCUCCCACCUCCCCUGGACCUCAGGCCCGUUCCUUCACUGGGGGGCUGGGCCAGCUGGCGGUGCCUGGCAAGGCCAAGGGGGAGACACCCCCCAUGUCAGCCUCCCCACCGCAGCAGCACCCCCCAGAGCCUGGGACUGGGGAUAGCAUGGGCCUGCCCCGUGCCGCCACGCCCCUGCCCUCCCUGAGGGUGGAAAUGGAGGCUGGGGGCUCAGCAGCCGUGACCCCUCCACUGUCCCGAACGAAGGAUGGAGCCCUGCGGCUGAGGACGGAGUUGGUUGCUCCAGAGGAGAUGGGGCAGCCCCAUUCCGAAGGUGGGGGUCUUCUUUUUCCCACUACUCACCCAUCCCAGCCCCGUCUUCAGCUUUGUCUUAAGCCAAAUUUUUCCGAGGACCUGAGGAAUUGGGUGCCCCCACUCGACUCUCGCCCCAGCUCCCCAGCCCUCUACUUCUUUCCUGAUGCCAGUCUGGUUCACAAGUCUUCAGACCCCUUUGGAGCAGCGGCAGCCCAGAGCCUCAGCUUGGCCCGCUCCAUGUUGGCCAUCAGUGGCCACCUGGACAGCGACGAUGAUAGUGGCUCCGGAAGCCUGGUUGGCAUUGACAACAAGAUCGAACAAGCCAUGGACUUGGUGAAGUCCCACCUCAUGUUUGCGGUCCGAGAGGAGGUGGAGGUGCUGAAGGAGCAGAUCCGGGACCUGGCCGAGCGGAAUGCCGCACUGGAGCAGGAGAAUGGACUGCUGCGUGCCCUGGCCAGCCCCGAGCAGCUGGCCCAGCUGCCCUCCUCGGGACUCCCACGGCUUGGGCCCCCGGCACCCAAUGGGCCCUCCGUCUGAGCCUCCCUUCCCUCACAAUGUGCCUUUGGGGGCUGCCACAGCUGCCAGGCCUUGUGCCAGCCGCUGCCCCCUUCCUAUGCAGCUUUAAUGCUCCCCGAUUCCCAGGAUGGGAGUUGAAGGCUCAGAAUUGGCCUGGCCCCCUACCCUUCCUCUAUCUCCCCAUAGUGCCCAGGGACUGGGCUGGGGCAUCCCCUGGCCUUGAUGGAGGGCCUCGGGACAGGGUGUUGGAUGGAGCCCCCUCCUUCCUCCUUGGGUGUCAGUGUUCUGGGACCCCCAGCAGCAGAUGGCUUGGGCGAGUUGGAGGCUCCCUGGCAGACACCCCAGCCCCACUCUGUUCCCUCGAAGUGCCCCCUCUCCUACUCCAGGCGAGGGAGUAUGGACAGUAUCUGGAAGUUCUGGGAUUCAGGUUGUUAUUAAAAUAAUUAUAAUUAAAAAAUCCGAAGAAACUUGAA